AUGUCAUCUCCGUUCCAUCGCCGCCCCUUUCCUGAUUACCUCCUCGCAUCUCCACUUGCCGCCUUCCUCUACCCCCUCCACCACCUGCUGCUGCGGCUCCGCGGUCCUCCCCGAUUGCCUCCCCCAGACGCCCGUCCGAUUCGAGUGGUUUGCAUCUCCGAUACACACAGCUUGCAAUGGGCCGACGUCCCCGACGGCGACCUCCUGAUCCACGCUGGGGAUCUGUGCAAUGAUGGUAGCGCUCGGGAGAUCCAAGCGGCUGUUGACUGGCUGCGCAAGCUUCCCCAUCCACACAAGGUUGUCAUUUGCGGCAAUCACGACAGCUAUUUCGAUAUCCGGUCGAGACUACCCCAAGAUCGCGAUCAGUCAUUUGCCGCUAUCUCUUCAUCCACAGCUUCCCUCCGCUCUGUUGACGACUUCGAUUCCCCGCACUGCAUCGACUGGGCCGACAUCCACUAUCUUCAACACUCCUCUGUCACUAUAACCUUUCCUCCCACACCUCAAAAUACUUCCCCCUCUGCCGCUCUAUUGGCCUCCCGGCCUCGUUCACUUACGAUUUAUGGUGCGCCCCAAAUACCCGCCAUUGUGCCGUUUGGCCCAGAACACGCAUUCGCAUACCCCGCCCAUCAUGACGCUUGGUCAGGAACCAUCCCCGCAAACACCGAUAUCCUAGUUACCCACACUCCUCCGCAAUCCCAUCUCGAUUUAUCUCCAGUCUAUUCCACCGGCUGUCCAUUCCUCUUGUCAGAGUCCUGGCGCGUUCGGCCCGCGCUGCAUGUUUUCGGACACGUCCAUGCUGCGUACGGUCGGGAGCCUGUCUACUGGGAUGACGCCCAGAAGGCAUGGGAACGCAUCUGCACUUCUCGUCGACCCCGGGCGCCGGGGUCGCGCUUCAACUCUAUUUUUGGACUCCUGCGCGAUCUAUUCGAUGUCUCCGGUUGGGUUGACGCCGCCCGGGUGCUGACAUAUGGCGUGCUAGGGGUUGUAUGGGCCAAAGUCUGGGGCGGCGAGAAUCGGGGUGGAUGGAUGGUGAAUGCUGCAUGCAUGUACCGCGAUUCAGGCCGGCUGGGCAAUAAGCCACAAGUGGUAGUUUUGUAG